AUGCAGUGGGCGAAGUCAAGCGAAAUUUCAUUCCCGUCGCCAGUAGGGGGUGUCCCAAUGACUUCUGACUUUGGCACAUCAAUAUUUUUCUCCAUACUAUAUUUCUCACUCAUACCCAUCUUCGUUUCCCGGCUUUAUAACAAGCAUUCGCGGGCCGUCGUGAGCAUCAACGCAAUCAUUACGACCAUAGAAAGAGUUAUAAUAUUCUCACUACGAGCCUGGCAAUCCCGCAACCCAGCUGAAAGGAUAUCCCCAGCAUUGACGACUUACAUGCAAGUCUCGAUUGCUUUGCCAUAUAUAUCCAUAGCGCACGACGUCGUGACUCUUCUGCGCUGCAUGUAUGUGAACUCUACAAAGGGUCCAGCAGAUUUUACGGAUCCGCAAGAUUCACCUGUUGCUCCUUCGAUGUCGUCCUCUAUGCACCCUCUUUCCCCUUUCCACAGUGCUUCGCUUCAUCUUUCAGAUGACAUUCACCACCAUGACGAUCCCAAGAAGCGUUUCUUCUAUCGCUGGUUUACCGACGUGCUGAACCUGACCUUCCUCGCUGCCACUAUCCCCGGUAUAAUUGGUAACGCGCAUUACCGUGGUGGAAUGGAUAAUGCGAGCACGGCCAACGAAGUGAUGAUCACCAGGUACAUAAGCUCCAGUAUUGCUCUCUUCCUCAUACUCUUUGUGGCGGUCCUGGUUGUUCGCGCCAGAAAGCUACCAAAAGUGGAGCCGAUUCACGUCAGACUACUUCUUGUCAUCCUCGCCUGUAACGCAUCCUCUGCGAUCUUCCGACUAUUUUUUAUGUAUCACCGCACGACCUCCCUUACGUCGACAGCCUCGGGCUCAGGUAACACUUCUUCAGAAAAGGCAACGUUCUAUAUAUUCCAUAUGCUCAGUGACUGGCUGGCCGUCGCUCUGCUGCUCGUUCCGAAUAUUAGGGCCAUCUACAAGACGGGCAUGUGGGGGGACUGGAGAGCCAUUGACCCUGUUCCACGAGAACAGGAAUGGGCGAGGAAAAGGAAGGAAGCAAAAGCGCGAAGGAGUGAGCUUAUCGCUUGA